AUGAAGAUUCAUCUCUUUUUCUUUAUUCUACUCUUUUGGGUCACAAUUUUACCAGCCAGAAAAAGAUAUCCUCACUACGGUAGCUUGGAUUUGAGGAGAGAGUGCAGAAGGGGUAAUGGUCGAUGUAAACCUGAGUGCCGUAACACUGAAGUUAGGAUUGCUUACUGCAUAAGACCUGGAACUCGUUGCUGCUUGCAGAAGUAAAGAUGACAGAAGAAAAGAA